GUGUCCGGGCCGGGUGAGGUUUCCCGUGUUGAGUCAAAUUAAGCCGCAGGCUCCACUCCUGGUGGUGCCCUUCCGUCAAUUCCUUUAAGUUUCAGCUUUGCAACCAUACUCCCCCCGGAACCCAAAGACUCGUGUCAAAAACGUAUGUAUAGAUCAGCAUCAGUUGUUUUUUUUUUCAUUAGGUUUUCAUUAGGUUAGACUGAAUAUUUAUUAAUGGGAACUUAUACUCAUUGGUUUUUAUUACUCAACAGGGGAUGAAGUAGACAAACAGUGUGGCACUCGGACGACCCUGAUUGAUGGUUGACUACAUAUGCCGUCAUUAUAUGGAGGUGGGCCAUAGACUGAGAGAGGCUGUUUGGUAAUAUAUUCUUGAAUACGCAAACACAACUGUUUGAGGAUUAGCAGUAGCAAAAUGAGGCGACAAUUUCAGGUGUAAUAGUUGCUGUAUGCAGGUAAGUGUCAAACGUUUUAAUAGUACCUUUACUCUUCGUGGAACUAUACUUUCUCCAUUUAUAUAUAAUUUAUUUAAGUGCAUGGAAGGAUAUAUUAUGUGGGCAGAUGCAUUAGUCAUUGCACACUUUUUUAGUCUCUUUUUCAGAAUAUGCUCUACCCCACAUGGAUCACUUGCACAAUUGCAAUACAGAUACAGAUUUGCAAUACCUUUUGCCAUACAUAAUACGGUAUGCGAUAUAAUACGGUAUGCAAAUUUUCACAUUUUUCAUUAAUGCCACCUCAUGUUUGUCUCAUGGGUUUCAAGAUUCAAAUUCAGUGAAAUUCCAUUGUGUAUUUAACAGUAAGUUUAAUUUUGUCAUUGUAACUGCAUAAUUUUGUGCUAAUGUAACUGCGCUUAAUCACACAGAUGCACAUACGGCACAUUGUGAAGAUAUGUCAGAAGGCAAAAUAUAUCCUACAGAUUCUUUGUAAAUGGACAGGGGGACAAAGCGGCUUCAGCAUGAAUGAAAUUUAGGGCCUACAAUUUAAGAGCUGGAAUAAUGAGGGAUUAGUGGUCAAAUUAAAGACUGGAUGCAAAGUUACUUGCUGAGUAAAGCAAAUGAGUGUUGAGUGAUUUAAGAAGUAAUUUGAAUAGUACUCAAAGCAGCUCAAUGCAUGAAACUCUGGCUUCACUUAAUUUCAGCCGGGCCAGUUGCAACAAAGCCUUAAAUUAAAUCUGUUCAUCAUAUUAAGCGAUUGAGUCUCUUCAGGAAAUUUAGACUAAACCGCUCAUUUCAUAUGGAUUAGUUUUACGAUCUCUCUAUGAACCUUUUGAAGUGUCAAAGUGGUAGUUGCGUGGACUGUAAAUGGAGGGACAAAAAUUUCUCAGAUUUCAAUUCAAAUAUCUUCAUUUGUGUUUCGAAGAUGAACCCUUUCACCUUGGAUUGAAUGAUAAAAUUAACUUGCAUUUGCUUUAUCAUGUAAGACACAUUUGAUUGCAAUUGCUUGGACUAAAAAGGUGUAUAAAGUAAAGAAAGUAAAAGGGUGUGUUGAAGUGGGAGGAGCCAGAGCCAAACAGAUUUAACCAAUUUGAACCUCAAUCACAAGUCUACUUCCUAACAUGGAGUAGGAGGGAACCUCAACAUGGGAGUGACAUUUCAUUAAUCAUACGCUUUAACAAGAGUGGACUUGCCAAUUCAGGGACAAAAAGCAGGUGUGAUGAUUGCAGAGUGUAUGUGAAUAUCAAAUUUUUACUUGAAAAUUUGUUCUUUGUACUGAUUUUGAUAAUAUAUGGUAUAACCUAAUGGUUGUUCUGUUUCUGUGUUCUAUAAAAGUGGAUGUAUGUAUUAAUAUUUAUGUCUGAUUUAUGGCAUUUUGUUAACUUGUUGAGUUUUUUCUAGACUUCUCAUGAUAUUUGUGGACUGUUUAGCAACAAUGUCAGGCUCUAUGUGGCUCAUUCCAUUUCUGAUACUUGGCAAUACCAUUUCAAGUACGUCUGAAUCAAUCAGACUGGUAAAUGGCAAGAACUCUUGUUCUGGACGAGUGGAGGUUUUCUUCUACGGUCAGUGGGGAACGGUGUGUGAUAAUGGCUGGGAUCUGUCAGAUGCUGCAGUGGUGUGUAGAGAGAUGGGAUGUGGGGAUGCUGUAGAGGCAAAGAGUGCAGCUUAUUUCGGACCAGGUUGGGGACAAGUAUUUAUAAGCGAUGUGACGUGUUUUGGAACUGAGCCUACGCUGAGCAUAUGUGGAUCGAAGAAAGUGGGAGAGUUUAACUGUGACCAUACAAAGGAUGCUGGAGUCACCUGUCAAUCCCUUGUCAGAUUGGUGAAUGGCAGUCACUCCUGUUCUGGACGAGUGGAGGUUCUCCAUGAGGGUCAGUGGGGAACAGUGUGUGAUGAUGGCUGGGAUCUGUCAGACGCUUCAGUGGUGUGUAAAGAAAUGGGCUGUGGCGAAGUUUUCGAGCGUAGGAGCGGUGGUUAUUUUGGCCAGGGAUCAGGGCCAGUAUGGUUAAGUGAUGUGCAGUGUGAUAACACUGAAUCUACACUGAGACACUGCACUUUAAAGGAAUGGGGACAAAAUUCAUGUGGACAUGAAAAGGAUGCCGGAGUUGCCUGUCGCCGCAAAAUUAAGUUUGAAAGUGGCAUCAACGCUUGUUCUGGAAGAGUGGAGAUUUUCUAUUAUCAGUGGGGAAACGUUCAGUGGGGAACAGUGUCGGAUAAUGGCUGGGAUCUGUCAGAUGCUGCAGUGGUGUGUAGAGAGAUGGGCUGUGGGGAUGCUGUAGAGGCAAAGAAUGCUUCUUAUUUCGGACCGAGCUGGGAACCAGUAUGGUUGGAGGAUGUCAACUGCAUUGGAAAUGAGGCCACACUCGGUGCCUGUGAGUUCAAAAAAUUAGGAGUGUACAAUUCACAUUCAAAUAAUGCUGGAGUCAUCUGUCAGGCUCUUAUUAAGCUGGUGAAUGGCACCAACACUUGUUCCGGCAGAGUGGAGGUUUUCUAUGAUGGCCGAUGGGGAACCGUGUGUGAUGAUGGCUGGGAUUCUACACGUGCUGCAGUGGUGUGUAAAGAACUGGGCUGUGGAGAUGUUAUAGAGGCAAAGAGUGCUGCUUAUUUUGGACCGGGAUCAGGGCCAGUAUGGCUAAGUGGUUUACAAUGUGCCACUGACUCUACACUGAGAAACUGUAAUUCACAGGGAUGGGGGCAAAACAGCUGUGGACAUGAGAAGGAUGCUGGAGUCGCCUGUCGCCCUAAAAUUAGACUGGCGAAUGGCAGCACCUCUUGUUCUGGACGAGUGGAGGUUUUCUAUAAUGGUCAGUGGGGAACGGUGUGUGAUGAUGGCUGGGAUCUGUCAGAUGCUGCAGUGGCGUGUAGAGAGAUGGGAUGCGGGGAUGCUGUAGAGGCAAAGAGUGCUGCUUAUUUCGGACCAGGUGCAGGAAAAAUAUUUAUGGGCAGUGUAAACUGUGUUGGAAAUGAGGCCACACUGAGUGUCUGUGAAUCACGUAAAUUCGGAAUGUAUGACCAUUCGAAGGAUGCAGGAGUCAUCUGUGACUCUCCUGUCAGGCUCAUUAAUGGAGGUAACUCUUGUUCUGGAAGAGUGGAGGUUCAUUAUAAUGGAAUAUGGGGAACAGUGUGCGAUAUUGGCUGGGAUCUGUCUGAUGCUGCAGUGGUGUGCAGAGAGAUGGGCUGUGGGGAUGCUGUAGAGACAAAAAACGCUGCUUAUUUUGGACAAGGAUCAGGACCUGCAUGGCUAAGUGAUUUACAGUGUUCUAACACUGAAUCGAGUCUGCGAGAUUGUAAAUCAAGUGGAUGGGGGAAAGGGGGCUGUGGACAUGAGAAAGAUGCAGGAGUCAUCUGUCAGGAUAAAGUUAGGCUGGUCAACAGCACCAGCUCCUGUUCUGGACGAGUGGAGGUUCUCCAAAAUAGACAGUGGGGAACAGUGUGUGAUGAUGGCUGGGAUGCGUCAGAUGCUGCAGUGGUCUGUAGACAACUGGGCUGUGGAGCUGUUUUGGAAGUAAAGAGUGCUGCUUAUUAUGGAAAGGGUUCAGGAACAGUAUGGAUGAGCAAUGUAAACUGUUUUGGGAAUGAGUCGACUUUGAUGAACUGUUCAUAUAACAGAAGUCCAACCAGCUGUGGCCAUGAGAAAGAUGCCGGAGUCAUUUGUGGAUAUAUUAAAGUCCUGUUGAGGAUUGAAGUGAAGGCUGAACUUGGAGUCAACCCAAAUGGUGCUGAAAUCAUGAAUAAACUUUCAGAGGAGAUGGGGAAGAAGCUACAAAUAAAUGGAACUUUCUCACUGAGAACUCAGGCAGAUGGAAAUGUCUUCCAUAAGAGAAAAGGAAUUGCACCCUGACAUUUUGGUCAUUGCUGGCAUACAGAGAAGAAAGCAAAGAUCAGCUAAUAGCAAAUUGAAUGCUGCAUCCUUCUAUACUUAUAAUCUGACCUUUUAUAAAUUUAAAUAAUAAUUAUCUUACAUAAGCUUUUCAUACAUGGCAAUGCUUUAUAUAAUAACACUGCUUCAUAUAAUAUCUUUGUGUCAUAUCCUAACUUGCUAACCAAAAUGUACAUGUAAUAUAUACACUAAUCUCGAUAGCCAAUAUUGUACAUAUAUGAACCUGUCUGGACUUUUAGACUGUAAUUGUAAAAAAAUUAAUGGGUGUAGUUAAUAAUAAUUCAUUUUGAUUUAAUUGCAUUCUCAAACAUGAAUCAGAUUCAGACCAUUGUAAAGUUACAAUCUAAUUUGCCUUAGUUAUCAGUGUGAGAAUUUCCUGGUGAGUUUUCAUCUGCUGUUACCUUCAUGUUAUCAUAUUUAGGUAAUUAUUCCAGUUCUUUUGUUUUUGAAACUAGAAUGAAUCUUUUCACCCAUGUCAUAAUAGCACUGUUGAAGCCUCAGGGUUUGUGGUUGAUUAGCUGGUGUCUCAUUUGUCAGGAUAGUAUUUUCCGAAUACUUAGGAGUUUUGUUAACCAUUUGCAAUGGCUAAUGAACGGAAACAGACAUGUGCAUACAUUUAGCAGGAAAAUCAACCUAUUCCCAUUCAAAAACAAGGUGAACAUCAUGCACAAUUACACUUUUUUGAGACAUAGCUUCGGAAGACAUGUAAUAAAGCACACAAGUCCUU